ACCUGCUGGCAGGGUAUAUCUGGAGGAGGAAGGACACCUCGAGACUUUUUCUACUCAGGCUGCAGGACAGGAGUUGAAUGAUUUGCAAGAGGAGCCCUUGGGACUACAGAGGGAUCUGAGCGAGGCAUACUCCUGUCGCAUAAAGCAGCCCAGCAAUGAGUGAGAAUCCCACCACCAACCUCAACACUGGAGAUGCUCCAACUGGUCCCACCACACCACGUAAGGGGCCUCCCAAGUUCAAGCAGAGACAGACGAGGCAGUUCAAGAGCAAGCCUCCUAAAAAAGGAGUAAAGGGAUUGCACUUUUUCCAGGAUAUCGCAGAACUCAUUUCUGAUUCUCUCUGUUUUGCAGAUAUCACAGUGAUUUGCCCAUGGGAAGCUUUCAGCCAUCUGGAACUUCACGAGUUGGCCCAGUUUGGGAUCAUUUAAAGCCCCAGCAUCUCUACUGGUGUCACCUGGUGACUCCGCAGAUCCCACCAUGGUCUUCAUCACCUUUGACACUGAUUUUUGGCCCUUACAUCCACCUGUUCAUGGACAGGGUGAUUUUGUAAGAGCUAGUUAUGAGAAAGUCCUUUGCAAAUUAAUUUGUCAAAGAAGCUGUUCAGGAUCCUGAACAGACUGCAUGCUCCAUGUGAUGAAACUACUGAAAAUGUCUUAAUGUCUCCCUGCACCAUACCCUUCUGUGUCUUCUCCCACUGUUGUAGAUCUUCAUGUGUAUGGAGAAAAUGGGAGGUUUUAUCUGAACCUUUCCCCUGGUUAGCUGAGAUAGUGUGUGCAUGGGUAUGCACGUAUGCUCAGACCUCAUUAUAUCAAGCCCAUUCUUUUUUUCUUCCUUCCCUUCCUGACAGCUUUCUAUGUAGUAUUUCCACAGGUAUGUUCCCAGGUUAUCUGGACCACCAAUUAGAUGCUGAGACUGUAUCUGUAGCGAAGAGAAUCAGAGUAAGUAGUUCAGCCAUUAAGGCGUUUUUAAGUAGCAGGAGAGCUUUCCCCAGGGGUUCACCAUAAAGAAUCUGCUGCUGAGGUUCACCUCAUCAAGAAAGGGGAAAAAGGCUCAGAAAUGUUCUCUCUGCUGUACUACCCACCAGCUUAUGAGCCAGAAGAUUCUGGAAGUUCUAGUAAUGCUGAAUGAAAACACGUGUGUCUGAGAUCAAAAACUAAAUGAAUUAAUUAAUCCUUCUCUUUCCUUUGUGAACCUGAGUGGUUGGGAUUCCAAAGAAACAACCCUCCAAAUGGCAUUGGGUGUCCUCUCCUUCGAUGGCAGGCUCCUGUGUGACAUUUGUACUGUCCCUAAAGCCAUAUAUACUUACAUGAGGAGUUUGCUCCCCAGGACAUGUUGCUGGUUCAGAAGACAUUACAAUUUGCCACCAGACAGUGCCAGUAGUCCUGCCUCAUCUAGCAGAAGACGGUAUUGAAUUACUUGCUCUCUCUUCCCUGUAUUUAGCACGGACAAUUCUCUCUCCAUCCCACCCAUCGGCAGGAAGGCUUUUCCCUUCACCCUCUGGCAGCUUCAAGCUCCAAAGCCUGCCUGGACAAGCAGGCAAAUGGUUGUUCCCCCAGGAGAGAAAAGAGCAGAGCAGGUGGGGAGGCAGGGAGAGACUAGGAUUUGCAGGCAAGCACAGAGAAAAUCCACUUAACCUCAUCGAUUUUUGUCUCCUGGUCUCUGGCAGCCUGAGCACUGGUGAGCAGCGAGGCACUUGUAACCACUUAAGUGCUCAGGGAAGGCACCGAGACUCCCUGCUGCCCUGGCGUUAAGGAAGGGGGUUCAUUUUGGUCAGAGGCAAGGAGCAAGCAUCGCUGUAGCUAUGUGAUAUUCAGAAGGGGAGAUGGCAUUUUUAAUCAUUGCCUUCAGCUUCACAAGCCUCCUUGCAUACGAACUGCCUCCCCCUGGUUUAUCUUUCCUAUGCUGAGCAUGUUCACAGGAGCAAGGAAUGGCUGUGGAGAGGACAGCAAGUCCUGCCUACAAGAUCGAUCCCCACGCAUAAAGCAUUGCUAUAAAUCCAUAGCUGCGCUAUAGUUAUCAGCUAAUGUCAUGCCAGAAGUAAAAGCUAGCAGUUUUCAUUUAAAAUAUAGCUUCAGCACUAAAAGCUAAAGGAAAUUCUUGCUGGCAGUCCAGAGUAGAGCUUUAUUAUUCAGCACUCCUGUCAUUACCAACAGCAGUAAACCAGCGAGGGUUCAGACCAGCAGCACAAUCACAGCACUGAAGUCAUGUACCAUUUAGCUAAUUGGUGUACACAAUAUUUCCCUAGGCAGAGGCGGUCCGUCCUUUCCGCUCACUCCUCAUUUCUCACAUCUUUCUAACCUUUUAAGAUUGUUCUUCUUUCCCUAAGUGUUCUGAAUGUAAGUGACAUUUUAUUUAGGUUUUACUGCAGGAGACUUUUUUCAUUUUUCUUCAAGCUUGUGCUCUCCUUUUGUGGUUAAAUGUGAAUGUUCCUAUGUCAAUGCUCUUGUGAUUUCCCUCACGUUACGCCAUCUUGUAGCAUGUGAUCCUUACUUUAUUUUCUCAGUCUCUCCUCUUCUAUAUGGGAAAAGACCCAUUGGAUCCAGUUUGGGAUCCUGAAAGCUGGCUGCCUCUAUUUUCACAGAGUUUUUCCUUAUUUUAAGCAGGAGUACACCAACAGGAGACCAUUUGAAUUAGUCCUUUUGCUCCAUUAUCAUCCCAGACCUUGGGAAAGCAGUACAAAAAUAGUGAGAUUCUCAGUCACAAAAUACUGGUGUAAAAACAAAGUUCUCCCUAGCCCAGAGACUGAAGAACUUCAGCAAAUGGGAAGGUCCUGGUGUAGUUCUACCUCUGACCGCCAUAACCCCUGCUCCCAUCAGAGAACCACGCCUCCAGCGGGAAUGCGCACAUACCCCAGUCUCAUGCUUGGCUGAGGAGCUUUGCCAGAAGAUGUUCUGAGUCACCACAGUGUGUUAGUUAACUUAAAAAAAAAUCAUUUCUAUGCAGUAAUAGG